AGGGAGGGAGGGAGGGGAAGGCGGCUCCGCACAGCCAAGAUGGCGGCGGUGGAGCUGGAGUGGGUGCCCGAGACGCUGUACAACACGGCCAUCUCGGCCGUGGUCGACAGCUACGGGCGGGCGCGGCGCCGCGACAUCCGCUCGCUGCCCGAGAACAUCCAGUUCGACGUGUACUACAAGCUUUACCAACAGGGCCGUCUGUGCCAGCUGGGUAGUGAAUUUUGUGAACUAGAAGUUUUUGCAAAGGUGCUACGAGCUUUAGAUAAAAGACAUCUGCUCCAUCACUGUUUCCAGGCUUUGAUGGACCAUGGGGUCAAAGUGGCUUCUGUCCUGGCCUAUUCCUUCAGCAGAAGGUGCUCCUACAUUGCAGAGUCAGAUGCUGCUGUCAAAGAAAAAGCAAUCCAGAUUGGGUUUGUUUUAGGGGGAUUCCUGUCGGAUGCAGGCUGGUACAGUGAUGCUGAGAAGGUGUUCCUGUCCUGCCUUCAGCUGUGCACCCUCCACGAUGAGAUCCUGCACUGGUUCCGUGCCGUGGAGUGCUGUGUGAGGUUGCUGCACGUCCGGAACGGGAACUGUAAAUACCACCUGGGGGAGGAGACGUUCAAGCUGGCCCAGUCCUACAUGGACAAGCUGGCCAAGCACGGCCAGCAGGCCAACAAGGCCGCGCUCUACGGCGAGCUCUGCGCCCUGCUCUUCGCCAAGAGCCACUACGACGAGGCCUACAAGUGGUGCAUAGAGGCCAUGAAGGAGAUCACGGUGGGGCUGCCCGUGAAGGUGGUGGUGGAUGUGCUACGACAAGCCUCAAAGGCCUGUGUGGUGAAGCGGGAGUUCAAGAAGGCUGAGCAGCUCAUCAAACACGCCGUGUACCUGGCCAGGGAGCAUUUUGGAGCCAAGCACCCCAAAUACUCUGACACGCUACUAGACUAUGGGUUUUACUUGCUCAACGUAGACAAUAUCUGCCAAUCUGUUGCCAUCUAUCAGACAGCGCUCGAUAUCCGGCAGUCGGUGUUUGGAGGUAAAAACAUCCACGUAGCCACAGCCCACGAAGACCUGGCUUAUUCUUCAUAUGUUCACCAGUACAGCUCUGGCAAAUUCGACAAUGCACUAUUCCAUGCUGAACGUGCUAUUGGCAUUAUAACUCACAUUCUCCCAGAGGACCAUCUUCUCUUGGCCUCUUCGAAGAGAGUGAAAGCACUCAUCCUGGAGGAGAUUGCCAUAGACUGUCACAACAAGGAGACAGAGCAGAGGCUGCUCCAGGAGGCUCAUGACCUGCACCUCUCCUCGCUCCAGUUGGCCAAAAAAGCCUUUGGGGAGUUCAACGUGCAAACAGCCAAACACUACGGCAACCUGGGCAGGCUGUACCAGUCCAUGAGGAAGUUCAAGGAAGCAGAGGAAAUGCACAUCAAGGCAAUUCAGAUCAAGGAGCAGCUCCUGGGCCAGGAGGAUUAUGAAGUUGCCCUCUCUGUGGGCCAUCUCGCCUCCCUCUACAACUAUGACAUGAACCAGUAUGAAAAUGCUGAAAAGCUUUAUUUGAGAUCCAUAGCAAUUGGAAAGAAGCUUUUUGGGGAAGGAUACAGUGGACUUGAAUAUGAUUACAGAGGUCUCAUUAAACUGUACAAUUCCAUUGGCAAUUACGAGAAGGUCUUUGAGUACCACAAUAUCUUGGCCAACUGGAACCGGUUGCGGGACCGGCAGUUCUCGGUCACGGAUGCCCUGGAGGACGUGAGCACCAGCCCCCAGUCCACGGAGGAGGUGGUCCAGUCCUUCCUGAUGUCUCAGAGCCUCGAUGGACAGAGCAGCUAAGAACUUGGUCACUUAACCAGUUAAGGUUUUCUCCUUUCCCCCCCCCCCGCCACCCCCCCGAGUUCCAGGGGGAAAAGUCAUACUGUGAAAUCUAAACCAUGUAGUUCUCUGGGGGCUGGAAUUUGCGUUGAAACACUGGUCCAGUCUACUGAAGAGUGCCCAUACGGAUGAAUGUGUGUUCAAUUCCUCUCAGCAUGUGUAUGGCAUGUUUAGUUCGGCUCACAUUUUUAACUUGGUAUUCCCAAAAAAAAAAAAAAAAACCAAACAAAAAAAAACAACCCCUUCUUUCUCUCUUCUUCCAAAAGAAGCUCCUUUGCAGAAAGUCUGCAAGAAAACAUUAAAUAAAACUGUUUGAGUUCAAAAGAGUUGCAUUGUUGUUAUGGAUGGAAGGUGUCACCGAGAGCUUUCUGCUGACGUAGAGAGAGAGUAAAAGCUGUUCCCUGAGGAGCUGUAGGAGAAAGGUCUUUCUGCUGUAUCUUUGUAGCAAAGCUGAUGGGAAAUAGCGAGCACAGGGAGGAUGCCCUGGCCUGGGCUGCUGCCUUACCGAGAACCACUUGGGAGCAACGCUGAACCGCGCUCGGAGUGGAGUCCCCACCGUGUGCUUUGUGCAUCCCUGAACUGGACCAGUGCUCACCUGGGAGCGGGACAGACCCCCAGCCCAGCCAUCCUGGUGUCCUUGGUUGCCACCACCAGUGCUCAGCCUGAGCAGGACCAGCAGAACCCACAGUGGACCAGCUGCUAGAAACCGCUUUUGGACCAGUGGCUUUAAUUUAAUCUUUCUGCCCCUGCUUUCACUUUGCCAGUAGGAAUCUUUCAUUUAGGUGUCUGAUCAGUGCAAAUGAUAUUCCUGUCAUAGAUCCAGAGCUAGGAAGUGCCCGUUCCUUAGCCAUGGCAUGUCUGUACCUAGUGAGCUUCUCCAGACACUCUGCCAGUGCCACAGGCAGAACCAGCCACGGUCGACUCUGCUGCAGCCACCUCUGCUCUCCUCUCUGAUGGGCUUUCACCUGCUGAUGGAGGCCAUUCCUUGUUUAUACAGAAGAGUUUUGUAUAACAAUCCAGUUCCCUUUUCUGUUUCUGACAACACAACUUACUGUACAGUUCACAGGGGUCAGUGGAAAAUGCCAAAAAAGCACAACAGGUCUUUUUUUUUUUUUUUUCUGUGAUGCUUCCUUUCUACAUUAAACACCAGUACAACCAGAAACCGGUUCCUUCCCGUUCCUUCCCGAAGCAGAGCUCACUGGACAGACCUUGGCUAUGCCUCUCUCACUGGCUUGUCUUAAUCCUUCUGUUGGGGGCUGCCUGCUGGUGUGGGUUUGGGUGUUGUUCUGGCUUUGUUUUAUUUCUCAGUGUUGAGGUGAUAUUUGAAAGUCUGUGUGACACGAACUAGACCUGACUCUGGUGGUACCUCAGUUCUUCCAGCGGGUUCGGGCUGGAGGAGUUUUCUCUCCUGCUGUUUUCAGGGGUUUGGACCUUGGCCAGUCCCAGCUGGGGCUGGGCUGGCUCUGGAUGUUCCCUUUGGGGUCUGGUUUGCAGUUGGUUUCUGGCCAGGGAAAGGUGCUGGAUGGUCUUCAGGGAAGAAAUAGAGAUUUUUGGGCAUGACUUAAUGGUUCUUUUAAGAAGUGAAAUUUUACAGGCCAAUAGUUCAUAUACUGGUGCCUUCAAGUGUGUUUUGGGGGGAAAGGCUGAGUAAUUAUCAACUUUAAAAUGCAGUUGUGUAGUUAGGGAAGAUUAAUGAUUGCAUGCUUGGGAUGUCUUCACUGAGGUGAAAAGAAAGGUUUGCAUAAAACCCCCUGUGGUAUUAGGACUUAACUGCAGUAUGGCCUCAGCAGCUGCUCAGUGAAAAUCCAACUGUAUGUGUGGACUUAAAAUCUAAUUUAUUUAUAGCAGUUUUUGUUUAUGAUGUGUAGGAACUACAGACAAAUUCAGCUGUAAAAAGCAAAACCUUUUUCUCCCUGAUGUCCGAGGCACUGAUGGGUUAUAACAUUCUCAUGAGUUCUUAAAUCCUGUUAAAACUUAUUUUACAGUCAAACCAAGCAUGUAACAGUGGUGUCUGAACUCAGGCAGGGAAGUGGCUCAGAGUUGUCCUGAAGAAGCUGAGUGGUUCUGUGGCUCUGAGCUGCAGGAGUGGGUCCCUGCACUUACCCUGACAUCCUGUGGAGAUCCUUUAUCCACUCGGAGUCUCCAUGUCCAGCUUCUGACUAAGGAGUCUCAGGGCUCUCGAGGUCGUGUUGGGGAUGAGGAGCAUUGUUGGACUGACACCAUCUCUUGUUCCAGCCCUGCCCUGUGUCCCUGCUCCAUGUUUGCCUUCAGCCAGGGCAGGUUCAUCCCACAACCAAACGUGUCCCAUCAGUGGCUUUAGUCUCAAAUCUGGUGGAGGUCACUCCUUUUCCUUUCCUAAAGCCACUUCAGGAUGUUGUCUGCUUGGUGCUUUGGCUUGUCAGGAAGGAAUUAAGGUCCUAAAGCUCCUGGAGAAUUCUCGUUGGUAGAGGAUGUGGCCAGGAGAUGUGGCCUGGGCCGUGCUGUGACCCGUGAGGGCUCUGCUGAGCUCUGCCCGUGGCUGCAGGAGCUCCUGGCCCUGGGCUGAGCUCCCUCGUGUGGGACAGGGGGCUGUGCCGACGGCUGGCACUGUUUGGGGCUGGCAGGAUGAGGCUGCAGCUGCCCUGGAGCUCCUCUGGCUCCAGGAACUCCUCUGGCUCCGGGAGCUCCUCCUGCCGGGGCUCAGGACCCGCCCGGGAGCUGGGAUGGCACAGAACCCCCCAGAUGGAGCUCUUGGAAGUGUCCCUGUUGGCACCUGGAGCCAGUCUGGAAUGCUGUGCUGCCCUUCUGUGUGUUCCUGUCUCUGCUGUUCCAGCUGGAUAUGUCUGAGGAAGCUGGAGCCCCAUGGGAUGGUGCCAGAGGCAGGGAAAGGACUCGUCCCUCUGGGCCAGCGUCAGUCUUGUAGUGGGGCUCCAGCACUGCCUGACUGCCCUGGGCAGAGCUGGAGGAGCAGAGGGUGCAAUCCCUACAUUCUCUAUCCUGUGGGGUUUUCCAGGAGCAGGGGGUGUAAUUCCCUAUGUUCUCCCUGCUCUGGGGUUUUCCAGUGCCCUGCCAGGUGUCCCCUCUGGCCGUACCCCAGAGCAGGUUUCCAUACGGGUGUCAGUUCUGACACGAUGGAACCCUGGACACAGGGAAUUAAUUAUUGGCAUUUAUAGGCACACAAAGCACCCCCUGGCAGCUGCACAGGGGCUGUUUGGUGCUGGCACUGACAGGGGAGACCUGGGAGUGGAAAUCCUGUGGACAUUCAUCUUUUUCCUGAAGGUGAGUAAAUGAAUCCCCCCAGAGUCAGCGGGUGCAGUGGGGAGGACGGGUGGCACCUUAAGGGAAAUUAUUUUCACUGUUGAUGAAGUUAAACCCUUAAUAUUUCCCUCCUGUGUUUGGUCAGUGAGGGGUGAGUCCUGUUUUCCGUGCAGUUGGGAGGGAGUGAGGAAGGUGAUGGCAGAUUCCCCCCUGGAUGUUACGGAAGAGGGGGAGCACACCCGGAUUUGAAGAGCUGACAGAAGGGGAGGGGGAAAUGUCUUUGCAAGUCUCUCUCUCAGCUGCUCGAAGUAAACAAGCCAGUAAUUAAUUUGGCCCCAAACAGUUGUUUGGUCACUGUUGUAGCAGGAUAAUUCCAACCAGGGAGUGUCUGUGUCUGCCUCGGUGUCCAGCUCUUUGGAUGCUGCUUCACUCCCUGCUCUGGAGCCAGACCUUUGGUUUCAGACUGUUUCCUUUUUGCACACCGGUUUUGUUAAACUGUUCUGGAGGGUUUUGUUGAAUUCCAACUUGCCAGCACAGGGAUGUUUUUGUGACUCUCCAAAGGAAGUUUUCCUGUCCAUGUGCUGCAGUCUGGAAUUCGCUCGAGGUGCUGCUUCUCGUGGUACAAGAUGCACGUGGAAGUCGGUUCCCUUUUCCCAGCCCUCCAUGUGGCAGAGGGUGAAAAGGUGCCUCAAACAGGGUGGAAACUGUUGACAAAUGUCCCCUUGGGUGCUGUGGUUGGGCCGUGGCUCAGGCUGGCAGCAGGUGACACAGGGCAGGAUUGCUGUCACCACCCCUCCCACAGAUCCUCCCUCCUCUGCCUGGGCAGAACCUGGUUUUAUCUAGAGGCCGUUGUCUCCCUGUUUUCCCAAGUUUCCUAAGAGAAUUCCUGGCCAAACGCAGUUGCAGCUGGGGGGUUGUCACCUCGUGCCUCUGGGCCCUGCGAGGGCCUCGGGGCUCCCUCCAUCUGGAAACCAACUGAAAUUCCCACAGAAGCCUUGGCAGCUCUGGGAAUGCUUUUGUCCCUCAAUCUCAGGAACGUUUUGGGCAGUGGCACAGGUGUCCCUGGGGGGUGGAAGGGAAGGCUGUGAGUGCUCUGGGGUCUCGUCUGGCGCUCUCCUCGCUAUCUAUAGCAUGAGUGGCCUUAGUGAGUUUGUUGAAGUGCACAUUUUCUUUUUUUUUUUUUUUUCUUUUCAGAAGUAAAUUUUAAGAUGAAGAAGAUAUAUACUAUAUAAAUAUAUAGAGCUAUUUAGAAACUCGGUCUGUGGUGCACAAGUUCAGUGUUGGAUCGCUCAAUAAUCGUCGCAGGUACCAUACGUGUAACUUCUCUGUAUAUCCCUCUCUGGGAAGCAAUGUUGCCAUGGUAACUACAACUUUACAAUUUCUUUACUACUUAAUGAUGUGAAUGAACUCUACAUUUUAUUGAAUAUUACCAGGUUCAGUACUAUUUUUAUACUUUAUUGAACUACAGGGGAUUUUAAUUUAAUAGCAUUUAAAAAAAAAAAAAGGUGUUGCUUGAACUGUAUAACUGUAUAAAUGGAAAUACUCACACAAACCCACCUCUAAACCAGAAUCUCUGCCUGUAGUGCCACUUUCAUUUAUAUAAAAGUCUCUUGCUCAUGACCAGACCUUGCAGACCACCCUCCCUGUGGUGUCAGGGUGGACUUUGGUGUCCCCCUGCCCCCCGACUGCAGAGCCCGGCGUUGUCUGUGCCCAUGGAACCAUCCCCUGUUUGUAACCAGCAUUGUGAUAUUCUGUAACUGUAUUGCUCAACUGAAAUAUUGACCUAAUAAAUAGAGUGUUCCUGCA